UGAAUGUCAUUAAAACACAGGAGUUGUUUAACUAUGAAGACAUAAGGGCCCAGUUAAAGCCCGUGUGAAGUAAUAAAAUCCAGAAGGCAGAAUAAACCAGACAAAAUAUCAAAACGCCAGUGGCCGGCCAGUCACGGCGAUCUUCUGUUGUCGUCUCCAAACACCAUCUUCUGCUUAGCCGGAGAAAACUCCCGUCGACGGGUUUUAGAAGAAGAUGGAUAUAAUAUCACAGUUGCAAGAACAAGUGAACUCCAUAGCUGCAAUCACUUUCAAUGCUUUUGGGACACUCCAAAGAGAUGCACCUCCCGUUCAGCUUUCUCCUAACUACCCUGAACCACCAGCCGCUGCUGCUACUACAACUACUACUACUACGGCUACUGAUGGUGAUGCUACCGCAGCUUUUCCUGAGCAACCUAAGCAGCUCAGUGCCGAUUUAGUCAAGGCUGCUAAACAGUUUGAUGCUUUGGUUGCGGCGCUUCCCUUAUCUGAAGGAGGUGAAGAAGCUCAGCUCAAAAGAAUCGCAGAACUCCAGGUGGAGAACGAUCUUAUUGGCCAAGAACUCCAAAAGCAAUUAGAGGCUGCAGAGAAGGAGCUAAAGCAAGUCCAAGAGCUAUUUGGACAAGCAGCAGAUAAUUGCCUGAACAUGAAGAAACCCGAGUGAAAGGAUUAAUCUUGUGUUUCAAACUGAUUCAGAAAUUAUAUGGUUUGGUUCAGCGACAAGAAUGUUUUAGGUGCAGAAGCAAUUAUAAGAAUGUUCCUUAGCUAACAACAACAAAACAAGUAACUAUAUUAUUACUCCGUUUUCUUUUCAACUGUCAAGACUUGUGCAGAGCCUACCAAUCUUGUGUGCUUUAGAAUGGAGUAUGAGUCCCUCUUCUGUACAAAAUCACACCAAGGGGUGUUCAAACCAGCCAAUACUACUUUCCUAUUUUGUUGGGAAGACAAUCCUUUUCUUUUUUGGUUUCUUCUUUUCUGGUGUCUGAGAAUAUACAAUCUGGCUUUCUGCAAUGACAUGUUGUACAUCUUUGUCUU